AUGAUACAGGCCUUAACCUAUCUGUUCUUCUUUUCUCUCUUUUUGAUUGCUUAUCUCAGAAGCAUCUCAUUGAAAAACUCAUCGAAAAAGCGCAUAUACACCAGAGAAAUGUUUCUUACAUAUCAAAGCUCAUGCACAGAAAAGCCAAAUGACUGGCAGCCAUUGAAAGAGCUAAAGCCAGCCUCAAAUCAAGCACAAAUCAUGAGAGAGCCGAUCUUUAAACACCAGAGAAAAGAAAGAAAUGUAAUGAAUUUUGAAGAAAAGAAUAAAGAAAAUUUUAUUAGUUCACACAAGCAAAAGCAAUUUAAGAAAAUCGAAUGCAAUGAAAAUUCAACCACACUUAAGAGCAAAACCAUUGAGGCUAGUGAAAAUGAUUAUUCAUGCCUUGUAAAACAAUCAGUUAAAGAUAAGAACUUUUCGCAGGCUUCAUUUUACUUGAAUGAGAUGAACCGUAUUGGAAUUGAUGCUAAAAAGGAUUUGAUUGACUCUUAUCUUGAAGUAUUCAAUUCUCAAAGAAAGCCACUGGGAAUAAUUAAGCAAACUUUAGCAGAAGCAAGCUCAAACAGCUUGAGGCUAGCCUCAUUGAACCCCAAUGCCCAAGAAUUCAAUCCAAGAUUUAAAUAA